AACGAAAAUUGUUUUUAAUUUACUGGAGGUUAUUACGUCUGUGGCAGCUCCGAUCGGCUUUAAAAGGGAUUGGAAUCUUAUUAUUUUCGCCGCCUAAUGAGGUUUAAAAACCGAAGAACAGAAACCGCAUUCUUAGGAAUUCAAAAUUUGUAAUACCUUUUGAUGCAAGGCUUAAUAUAUUCUUACCGGGAGGGUUAGGAUCAACCUCUCAAUCAAGUGACAAAGAAAAUAAAAAUUCUCCUGAAGAAUGGCCUGGAUUUAAAACAAAACACUCUGGAGAGCUACUUGAAAAAGUAGUGCCUCUUCUUAUAAUGGAACUCCAUCGCCUUGAACCCUAUUUUGAAGGUUCUGCUGGGUUUCCUAAAAUCCAGGUGCUUAAUAUGCCUAAUGUGAAACUGCGUCAAGUUGAAUUACUUGGAAUUAUAAGAAAAAUUACUUCCAGAAGCAGACUUGAUCUGACGAUUGACGAUGGCACUGGAAAGAUUCAAGUAUUAUUACAAUUUUCGCAAAUGGGUGAAAUGAAGGAGGAACGGAAACUCAUAGACGCGAAAUUCCAGAGAUUCGAAAAAAUCGCUGUGUUACAAAAACGCGGCCUAGAACACAUGCAAGAUUUGGAGAGAAGGUGGAGGCAGGAAACUAAAAAUGGAACCCUUGGCAUGAGUUUUAAAGUUUUCGAACAUGUCCAUGUUAUUGGCACUAUUCACGUGGACUUUGGAAACCACAAUUUAAACAAAAGGAGUCUUUGUCUCGAUACUGCUAAAUUUGUAAAACCUGUAAUCCACGCUAAAAGGAUUUAUCAUCUAAGCGAGGAGGAAUACAACGAAAAACUACAAAGUUGGAUUUCAGGAGUCGUCAGGGAAAGAUAUCAAAAACUUUAAACUUACGGACGCUAUCGUGUACACAAUCGGACCAAUUCAUCAGUAACAUGCUUCAGUUCACUCCGCCAUUUUCUAACUUUUUCAAGCUUUUU